CAGAGUAAGGAAUAGCUGGACACAUUGAGGUAGAGAGUUCCAGAGGAUGGACGAGGCUCUGGCAAAGCACCGGAGACGAGCAGAGGAGGAGGAGACAAGGGAGCUUGAGAGCAGGUGGUCAUGACCGGAGCGGAGAGGACGGUUUGGGUGAUAUUUGGAGACAAGAUUGUUGAUGUAGCUGAGGACAGAGUUGUGGAUGGCUUUGUAAGCUUUUGUUUGAUUUUAAUUCGCUGGGCAAUCGGAAGCCAAAUGGAGGGAUUGGCAGAGAGGGGUGGAGGACACUGAAUGGAGGCCAGUGGAGGGAUUGGCAGAGAGGGGUGGAGGACACUGAGAGGAGGCCAGUGGA